AUGGCAGGCUGGAAGGACGGCUCGGUACAGGAGAAGUACCGGUUGGUCGUGGUCGGAGGCGGCGGUGUGGGCAAAUCGGCCCUGACGAUCCAGUUUAUUCAGUCCUACUUUGUCACAGACUAUGACCCCACAAUUGAGGAUUCUUAUACCAAGCAAUGUGUGAUUGAUGAAAGGGCAGCCAGGCUGGACAUUCUAGACACGGCCGGGCAGGAAGAGUUCGGAGCCAUGAGAGAACAAUACAUGAGGACAGGGGAGGGCUUCCUGCUCGUCUUCUCGGUCACUGACAGAGGAAGCUUCGAAGAAAUCUACAAAUUCCAAAGACAAAUUCUGAGGGUCAAAGACAGAGAUGAAUUCCCGAUGAUACUCGUAGGGAACAAAGCCGACCUGGAACUACAGAGACAAGUAACUCAAGAAGAGGGUCAACAGCUGGCCAGACAGUUGAAGGUCACCUACAUGGAGGCUUCAGCCAAAAUCCGUAUGAACGUCGACCAGGCUUUCCAUGAGCUGGUUAGAGUAAUUAGAAAGUUCCAAGAACAGGAAUGUCCACCAUCGCCAGAACCAACAAGAAAAGAGAAAGACAAGAGCGGCUGCCACUGUGUGAUCGUCUGA